AUGGCACAGGGAAAGGUUUGUUUGGCUUACUCCGGUGGUCUCGACACCAGCUGCAUCCUCAAAUACCUUAUCGAGGAGGGCUAUGAAGUCGUGUGUUUCAUGGCCGAUGUUGGCCAAGAAGAGGACUUCGAGGCUGCCCGCGAGAAGGCUUUGAAGAUCGGUGCCCUCAAGUGCGAGAUCGUGGAUCUCCGCCGCGAGUUCAUUGAGGAGCUCUGCUUCCCUGCCAUUGCUUGCAAUGCCGUCUACGAGAACGUCUACCUGCUCGGUACCUCUCUGGCCCGCCCUGUGAUCGCCCGUGCUCAGAUUGACGUCGCCAACCGCGAGGGCUGUUUCGCUGUUUCCCACGGCUGCACUGGCAAGGGUAACGACCAGGUUCGCUUUGAGCUUGCGUUCUACGCUCUCCAGCCCAAGAUCAAGGUCAUUGCCCCGUGGCGCGACCCUAUCUUCUACGAGCGCUUCGCUGGCCGUAACGACCUCUUGGCUUACGCUGCCGAGAAGGGCAUCCCUGUCACAUCCACCAAGUCCAAGCCCUGGAGCAUGGAUGAGAACCUGGCCCACUGCUCUUACGAGGCCGGUAUCCUCGAGGAUCCCGACACUACUCCCCCCACCGACAUGUGGAAGUUGACUCAGGACCCCUUGACUGCCCCCGACCAGCCUGAGGACUUCACCGUUCACUUCGAGAAGGGUGUUCCUGUCAAGCUGGAGCUCACCGAGAACGGCCAGAAGAAGACCUGCACCGACUCCGUCGAUCUCUUCCUGACCGCCAACGCCAUUGCUCGUCGCCACGGUGUUGGCCGUAUUGAUAUCGUCGAGAACCGCUUCAUCGGCAUCAAGUCCCGUGGUUGCUACGAGACCCCUGGUCUCACCUGUCUGCGCACUGCUCACAUUGAUCUCGAGGGUCUUGUGAUGGACCGUGAGGUUCGCGCCCUUCGUGACCAGUUCGUCACCUUCAACUACUCCAAGCUCCUCUACAACGGUCUUUACUUCUCCCCCGAGCGUGAGUUCCUUGAGUCCUCGAUCACUGCCUCCCAGAAGUCCGUCAACGGCCAAGUCCGCUGCCGUGCUUACAAGGGCAGCGUGUUCGUCCUCGGCCGCUCUUCCGAGACUGAGAAGCUGUAUGAUAUGGAAGAGUCUAGCAUGGACGAGAUUGGUGACUUCUCCCCUGCUGAGACUACUGGUUUCAUCACCGUCUCUGCUAUCCGCUUGAAGAAGUACGGCCAGGCGAAGACCGCCGCUGGUGAGAAGAUGUAA